AUGAAACUCCCUCUCUGGCCCCUCGUGGCCUUACCCCUCUCAGCCGCCCUCGUCUUCCCCUUUUACCAGAAUCACCUCCCCAAGGAUGAUCAUAGUAUCACCAUCGACGACGAGAACAAAGACUCCGACCUAAUCAAUGGCAUAACCACCACCCUCGCAACAGCCCUCGAUCACCUCACAACCGACAUCUGGCCCACCAUCGUGGACAACUCCUUCAACUACCGCUCCAGUGACUGUCUCCAUCACUACGUCCAGCAAGUCUCUAACCUCGCUCCGCCCUUCCGCCGUCCCUCUCCACCCCCAUAC